UCACACACAUCCAACCCAGCCUCACAAAUGGCUGCAGCUCUACGCCACCCGGUCGCCUCACUCUCCACCUCAACAUCCGACCCAAGACGAGACGCGCACGUCGACCUACCACCACCACCUCCAUACACCAAAAGGGAAUCCCCCUCUGCAGCCAUGGCGCGGCGUGUAGUUCGCGCUCCGAAUGCAGCGGCCGACGCGUGCGGCUCGACGGAGUCGAAUCGCGGCUCGAGACGCUCGCUCGAUCAACGGAACAAGAAGAAGAGUCGCUCAUUGGUCGUGCGACUCGGUUGUGUGCUCUUGCUAAUUGGUUUGGUGGUCUCGUGCACCGCUUUCGUACUCGCACUCGUUAGCUUCAGUGCGAGCGACACGCAGCAUUUGCAGCGUCAGCUCGACGCGUUGCGUCGCAAAUUCGACGCGUUGGGCGGCGAUUCGUCGAGGGAGAGUGGAGAGAUGGAGCAAGAACUCGACGCGUCUCUUCGACCAAUCAGACAGCAGGUGGUGAGUGAUUCUGCAAGAGUGACUGAGUUGUCGCGUUUGUAUGAUGCUCUAUGGCUUGACGUCGACCACAUCAAUGUCUCCCUCUCUACACUCAAGUUACUAUCUGCUGAUCAACAGACAUUGAUCAAGCAAUGCAUUACAAAGGUGCAAAAUAUUGAGAUACAACUGAGGAGUUGGAUGAGACGUGUAAUUGAUGUGGAGACGGAAAAUGAGGGUCUGAAGGAAAUGGUGGAGCUGAUAAGAGGAGAGAUGAAGAGAUAUGGGGCAAGUGUUGAUGCUCAGUUGGCAGCCUUUUCUUUGAAACUUCCUGUUGACUGCUCCGCAACGUGUUCAUUCACACCCUUCCAGUCCAUUCCAACCGACGGAGCAUACGACAUUGAGUCGUUCACAAUCGGCAAACAAUCGUACCUUGCAGUUGCCAACUACGGCGACAUCAGUACAGGCAGACAUACUACAGACUCAGUCAUAUACAGAUUCAAUGGUCACGCGUUUGAGGUUCAUCAACGACUAACCACUACAGGAGCCUACGAUGUCAAACCGUUUGAAAUCAACCGCAGACAUUUCCUAGCCGUUGCCAAUCAUGGAGACGAAGAGACGUACAACACAAAGUCGCUGAUUUAUGAAUGGAAUUCGACACACUUUGUGCCGUUUCAGUUCGUUCAGUCUCAUCAGGCGAGCGACAUUGACGCAUUCGAAAUCGGCGGGAAACAUUUCGUUGCGAUCGCCAAUCGUUUCAACGGUGAAACGUACGACGUCGACGUGUCUAUCCUCGUGUGGAACAGCAAGAGAUUUGUCUCGUUUGAACAGCUGGACAUGACAGGAGCGAGUGCAAUCGAGCAUUUUACGAUCAACCACGAGGCAUUCUUAGCAAUUGCUAGCUACAAAUCAGGACCUGGGCAAUACAGGGUGAGUUCCCGGAUAUACAGAUGGAGCCAGGGACGGUUCGUGUUGCAUCAGGAUGUGAACACAAUCGGGGCGUGGGACGUCAAGGCGUUCCACAUCAAACGAAGACACUUUCUCGUGUUCGGCUGCUACUUUAACGGAUACACACAACAGAUAAAUUCUCUUGUACUAAAAUGGGACGAGAAGAACCGCGAGUUCAUCACGUACCAGCAACUGGAAACUCGUGGUGUAAGACACGUUGACUAUGUCGCUAUAAACGGUCGGCAUCUGCUGUUUCUCGCGAGUUAUCGGCUCGGAAAAAGCUUCAAUGUGCAAUCCACGAUGUACGAGUUUGUAAACCGGACGUUUGUUGUGGCGCAGACGUUCACGACUAUGGGAGCGACGGCAUUGAAAGCAGUGAAACUGGGAACGAACGUCUUCCUUGCAGCAUUACAGUCUUUUGAUGGUGUCAAGAGUACGAUAACAUCGGAAAUAUAUAGAUAUCAAUGAGUGAUAUAUGAGGCGUGUGUAUAGGCGAGUGAUAUGUAUAUCAUUCUAUUGUUAUUGUUUAUUCCUCUUUGUGGAGGGGCUGUAGGUCCGAUAGAAUCUCCAUAGCGGUGGCUUUUACCUGCAAUAUACAGUAUGUGAAGGCAGAGGUCCUGAUUAUUGUGUACAAAAUACAUACCAUACAAUUGAUGAUUAUUGUUAUACAAA